CUGUAGCUGUUCACCCGAGCUAUUUUCACCAAGGACGAAAUCUGCGAGUUCCUGUGCAGCUUCCUUCAAACUUACAAAGCUACUGGAUUCACUUAUCAAGAGACAUCUCAUCGUCUCAGGUCUGGAUCCAGCUUGUGUCUUUGAUCGGUCAUUAUGAUGCGCUACUGGGGUGAGAUCCCCGGACCUGCGGGGGCUCCUCCCAGUCGCAGCUCUUUUGACUUGCUCCAGCGCGAGUUUCGCUCCGUGGAGAUGCAGGACCCUCCCCUGCACCAACCGUCGGCCCAGCGUCCGCGGCCCACCACGAUGUUGGACAUCCCAUCCGAGCCGUGCAGCCUCACUAUCCACACUGUGCAGCUCUGCCAGCACGCUCGGCGCCUCCGUGGCCUUUUGGCAGCAGCCCAGGCUCAGGCUCAGGGUCAGAGCUCAGCGUCCUCUGAGGGUGGCAGCAGACUGGAGGAGGCUGACACCAACCUGCCUCUACGUCCUCCCACCCCACCUGUCAUGCCAGAUGACCUGCUGCCCGUGGACAGCAAAGCCCCCCGACAGCCGUUUCAACUCCGCCACAGUGACCCUGAAAGUGACUUCUAUAAGGGUAAAGGCGAACCUGUCACAGAGCUGAGCUGGCCCUCCUGCAGGCAGCUUCUGUAUCAGUCAGUAGCCACCGUCCUGGCCCACGCCGGCUUCGAGUCUGCUCAGGAGAGUGUGCUAGAGACCCUGACCGACCAGGUCCAUGAGCAUUACCUGCGUCUCACCCGCCUGCUGCGAGUGGCGGUGGACCGGGAGGCCCGGCUGGGAGCCAGUCCCUUCCCAGACGUGGUGGAGCAAGUGUUCCAUGAGGUGGGGGUCGGCAGCGUGCUGGCCCUGCAGCGAUUCUGGCAAGUGAGGAUCAAGGACUAUCACAGCUACAUGCUGCAGGUCAGCAAGGAUCUGUCAGAGGAAUAUGAGCGGCUGGUGAAUCCAGAGAAAGCGCUGGAGGACUCCAAGCCCCCGAGGAUCAAGGAGGAGCCCAUGAGUGACAUCUCCUUCCCUGUUAGUGAGGAGCCAGAAGCAGACCUGGCCUCUGGGGACCAGGCUUUGCCCAUGGGGGUUCUGGGUGCCCACGCUGAGAGGCUGGCUUCAGGCCUGGAUGCUGAGCAUUCUCCCCAUACCUCAGGUGGAGGCGGGGCAAACAACUCCCCUCUGUGGCCCCAGGUAAAAAUGGAGCCGCAGGAUGGCGAGGAGGGCCAGGGUUCUGGCCACCACCAUCACCACCACCAUCAUCACCACGGGGUCCUGGGCGGGGAUGUGUUCGAGGAAGGGGGGCCCAUGUCCACCAUGAGCGAGUCAGGCGGAGCAAUGGCGCCCUCGCCAGGAGGCGCGGGCUCCGACGCCAGCUACGCCUCGCAUUCGCCCGACUCCCUGAUGGGGACCUCGCCCGUCUUCAACCAGAGACCCAAGAAACGAAUGAAGAAGAUGUGAAUUUGUGGCAUGUGGGUGCGGGAAGCUCGGAGAGACGGACUCUGAACACACCGCAGACACUUCCAACAAGUCUUCAACACCAGUCCAUUCAUACGAUACAGGGCUCUGACUUAGAAGGGCAACAUACUACCUGUACGGUAUGAACUGACAUGAAACAUCGUCAUGAAAGAACUGAAAGAAUGGGGGGGAUUGGGUUUGUAGUUUUUCCAUUUUUACUUCUUUAAGUAAGGAUUUAGUUGCUACUAAAUAUAUAUUGGAGUUUAUUGUCAAAAGAAUAAACAUGUUUUGAAUUAACGGCUA